UCACAUGUUAACAUAUUAAAUCAAAUUCACUUCUUAUAUUAAAACUUUACAUUAUCAUCACGAGUAUAAAAAAAAGUGUUCAAAACAAGCCCGAAUCGGCACACGAGCGUGCAGGUUUGAUGGCGCCUCGGUAGCUCGUGACAGCAGCUCCGAGUUUAUAAUCCAAAUGGAAGCGAAACCCGGGCGACCCAUCCGUGAUGAGAGCGGCGAGCAGGCAGGGGAGAGAUUGAAAAUGUGGAUGUCGCCUUGGAAAGAGAAAUGAGCGGAUCGAGAGAGCUGCGCGCUGACUGGAAGGAGAGCGAGAGAGAUGGAGGCGGGGGGAAGUCUCUCUCAGCUCUGCGGGGACUGGAGCGCCCGUGCCCUGGACCGGCGGCGCAGUGCUGGCUAACAGUCAACCCUCCCCUUGUUCCACCACCACUUCCACACACAAGCAGCGACAGGUAAGAUCAAACCAGCGCCUUAUCCUACCGACCGUUUGGUAAACAAACCUUGAACAAAUUCUUAAAUGAAACGACAAAAAGAAAAAAAAAUCAAAAUAUUUUGACUUUAGAUCAUUGGUGGAUUUUGUUUGUGUUUAAAUUCGCGUUGACUUGGUGCAAGGCAACGGUACAUUCCGAGUCGCCUUACCCGAAUUUCCCGUAUUGUGACUCGGGGAAAAACAUCCCCCGUUUAUAUACCAAACCCUUUCGCCGUGUUUAAUUUCUUAAUGUAACUCUAAAAGCCACUAACCUAUUUUUUAAGCGAGAUAAGGGCACCUCUAUCGUGUUUGGAGACCUCGCGGUCGUCUUCAUUUCCGAGUCAGGACUCCAUGAGGCUCGUGAAGGAAAGAAACAGCCGCCUUUGGUUCGCCAUCACGGAGCUCGGUUAUCUCACAGUGUGGGCUCGUUUUCGCUUUUGUGAAAGCAAAUUUCGCCAUCACAUUUGACAUUUUAUCGGCUAUCUGUGUUUGAGGAGCAAACCGGGUGAGUUCAGAACCAAUCGCGCUGGUUUUUCUCUCGGUGGAGGUGAAUUGCUCGCAGCGUGUGCAUGGAGGGUAGUAUGGCGGCUCUAGAACAGUCGUCACGCCAGGGAAGCGUCCUCUUCUCGGUUGUUACAAUUUUCCAUUGUGAUUGUGAACAAAAUGACAUGUUUAUUCACAGGAUUGAUUCAUUUCUCACUGAGUUGAUCUCGACUGUCAUAAUUGUGCUUCAGUCACCGCGUACUAAGUAAAAGUAACCGUAUAAUUCUUCCAUUUCUAGUUUCGAAGCCUUUGUAGAGCCUGCUGCCUGCCAUACGGCCGCACACCGUGCUUUCACCCCGCAUUCCUCGUCACUCGAAAGUCGGGGUAAACAACCAGAUUUCUUUACGAGUGAUUAAUCCUGACAAUGAAUGGAGAAAUGGACUCCUCUGCUAAAGAGAUCGUUUGGGAGCAGAGUGACCUAUUGAAGCUCUUGGAUGCCAUGAAGGUGAACCUGCCAGAUAAGGAUCUGUCCAAGUACAAGACGUCCGAGUCCCAUUUGGACUGGGAGAAAGUGGCUUUUAACUCAUACUCUGCGGAGAUGUGCAAACAGAAAUGGCUGGAAGUUUCACGUGAGAUACGUAAAUUCCGCACCCUCUCUGAACUGAUCGUGGAUGCACAGGACUAUGUCAAAAAUCCAUACAAAGGAAAGAAGCUGAAGAAACACCCAGACUUCCCCAAAAAGCCAUUGACACCGUAUUUCCGUUUCUUUAUGGAGAAGCGUGCCAAGUAUGCUAAACUACAUCCAGAGAUGAGCAAUUUAGAUCUCACAAAGAUCCUGUCCAAAAAAUACAAGGAGCUCCCAGAGCGUAAAAAAGAGAAAUACGUGAAAGACUUUCUCAGAGAAAAGGAGUCUUUCAUGGUCAGCAUGAUGAAGUUCAGGCAGGAUCAUCCCGACCUUCUAGAGAACGUUAAUAAGAAGUCCAAUGUUCCAGAGAAGCCCAAGACACCCCAGCAACUGUGGUACAGCCAUGAGAAGAAGGCCUUUCUCAAAGGACGCCCAGAUGCGACCACCAAAGACAUUAAGGAUAGUGUUGCAAAGCAGUGGCCACAGCUGUCAGACAAGAAGAGGAUGAAGUGGAUCAUGAAGUCUCUGGAGCAGCACAAACUGUAUGAGGGGACAAUGCGCGAGUUUAUCCAGCAGCACCCAGAGUUGAACAUCACGCAGGAGGACAUCGUCAAAUCCACUCUGACCAAAGCAGAGAGACAGCUCAAGGACAAGUUUGAUGGGCGGCCCGACAAACCACCUUCUAAUGGUUACUCAAUGUUCUGUGCUGAGCUUAUGUCCAGUAUGAAAGACGUCCCCAGUACGGAGCGUAUGGUCAUGUGCAGCCAGCGCUGGAAACUCCUCAAACAGAGCGAGAAAGAUGCUUACCAAAAGCGCUGUGAACAGAAAAAGAAAGAAUAUGAAGUUGAGAUGAAUCGCUACUUAUUAAGUAUCUCAGAGGAGGAACAGCAGAGAAUAAUGUCAGAACAGAAGAUGGGCAGCUUUAAAAGGGGAGGUGGUGGCAGCAGCCCCGCUUCUAAAAAGAAGAGCGCCACAGCAAAGUCUGCAGAGAAGCCCAAGCCCCCUGUGUCUGCAAUGUUCAUUUUCUCAGAAGAGAAGCGCCCAAAACUUCAUCAGGAAAGGCCUGAUCUUUCUGACAUGGAGCUCACCAGACUUCUAGCCCGCAUGUGGAACGAGCUUUCUGACAAGAAGAAGGAGAAGUAUAAAACUCUGGAGAUGACGCUGAAGGCAGACUCUGAAAAGCAGAGCAAAGAGGACAAAGGGAAACUACCAGAAACACCCAAAACAGCUCAGGAAAUCUGGCAACAGAGUGUCAUUGGAGACUAUCUCGCCCGGUUCAAGAAUGAUCGAGCGAAAGCUCAGAAAGCCAUGGAGGCCACCUGGAAUACCAUGGAGAAGAAAGAGAAGAUCAUGUGGAUCAAGAAGGCUGCAGAGGACCAAAAGAGAUAUGAAAGAGAGCUGAGUGAGAUGCGAUCACCUGCCCCAGUCUUUAUCAUGGGGAAGAAAAUGAAAUUUGAUGGGGAACCUAAGAAACCACCCUCUAACGGUUAUCAGAAGUUCUCUCAAGAGAUGCUGUCGAACGGUGAGCUGAACCAUCUGCCCAUGAAAGAGCGCAUGGGUGAAAUCGGAGGCCGCUGGCAGCGACUCCCUCAGAAAGAGAAGGACCAUUACAAAAGGAUGGCGGAGGAGAAACAGAGGCAGUACAGAGUGCUUCUCGAGCAGUGGCUUGCGAGUAUAACACCUCAGGAGAGAACUGUGUAUAAAGAAUAUAACUCACUGAAACGGAGGAGCACAAUAAAACCUGGUGGCACGAAUGCUAAAGUGAAACCCAAGGCCAAAGUAUCGGAAGACGAAGAGGAGGAUGAUGACGACAACGAUGAUGAUGAAGAGAAGGAAUCUGAUGACGGAUCAUCCUCUGAUGACAGUGAUGAUGAUGAUGAUGAUGACGACGAUGACGAAGAUGAUAAUGAAGACAUGGAGGAUGAAGAGGUGGAGGAUAAGGAGAAUAAAACAGAAAGCAGCAGCAGUGCUUCCAGCUCUGAUUCAUCGGGUUCAGACUCGGACUGAACCAAAGCCGAGUCAGCCUGAGCCCACAGACUGCCAGAAACGCUGUGAACUGAGCCAUGAGCCGGGGGUCUGAGCCUGCUCUGCACUGCGCUCUUCCCACCACAGGAGGGGGCUCACCCCGCUGUCAC